CCUGAUUUGACCCGGAAGUAAUAAUAUCGUCCAAUCGAGGUUGACCACGAGUGCUGACUGUGUUGUGUAUAAACCUAGCGAUGUAACUAGUAAAUGCUGAGGUGUCCUUAAAAUCACGUUAUGCAGCCGCCGAUUCAAGUUCUGCAGUCAAUAUCUCUGAUCAUCCUUGUUGAUUUCUGUCUGGAUGGGUCGGACGCAGGUAACAUUGAUGUGGAGAAGAACCUGGAGAUGGGAAAGAAGCUACUCGCCGCCGGGCAGCUAGCAGAGGCUUUGUCGCACUACCAUCUGGCAGUAGAGGGUGAUCCCAAGAAUUAUCUAACUUAUUUUCGAAGAGCUACGGUGUAUCUUGCAAUUGGCAAGUCCAGAUCUGCCUUACCCGAUCUUGAUCGAUGUAUUGAGCUAAGACCAGAUUUUACAGCCGCCCGUAUUCAAAGAGGCAAUGUUUUGUUAAAGCAAGGCAAACUCGACAAAGCUCGUGCCGACUUUACGAAAGUUUUGAAACAAGAUCCACAUAAUGAAGAAGCUCACUCCCAGUUUGAGCUGAUGAACCUGGUUGAAGACGACGUGCAACAAGCGAAUAUCAUGUACAAACACCACGACUUUAACGGUGCUAUUGAACUGCUGUCAAGACUCAUAGAUAUCUGUCCAUGGGACGCAGACCUACGAGAAAUCCGCAGCGAGUGUUACAUUCAGGUGGGAGAGAAGUUUAAAGCUAUCGGUGACCUGCGGUCCACGACGAAACUGAUACCAGACAACACGCAGGGUUUCUUCAAGAUGAGCAAGCUGCACUACAACAUGGGAGAGGCAGAGGAGUCACUUAUACAGAUCCGCGAGUGCCUUAAACUGGAUCCAGAACACAAAGACUGUUACCCACAUUACAAGAAAGUGAAAAAGCUAGUCAAACAGUUGCAGGCAGCACAAGAGUACAGCAACAAUGAUAGAUACGACGAAUGUAUAGACAAAGCUAAACAGAUACUGAAGACAGAGUCGAAAAUAUUCCAUUACUUUUUACAGGCACAUUCGCAUAUGUGUCACUGUCAUUCCAAGGCUGGACAUAUAUCUGACGCAUUAAAAAUAUGUCAGGAAAUUUUAGAAAUAGAUGAAGGAAAUAUAAACGCUCUAAUAGACCGUGCAGAAGCUCAUAUAUUGAACGAAGAUUAUCAAGCAGCUAUAAAUGAUUUUCAAAGAGCUCAGCAGAUAGAUGAAGAAAAUCGUCGAGUGCACGAUGGCUUGAAUAGAGCGCAGAAAUUACUAAAACAGUCAAAGAAGAGAGAUUAUUAUAAAAUAUUAGGUGUUAAAAGAACUGCUAAAAAGAAGCAAAUAUUAAAAGCAUAUCGUGACCUCGCAAAGAUCUGGCAUCCAGAUAAAUACGAUGGUGAUGAUAAGAAAAAAGCUGAAAAAAUGUUUAUAGAUCUUGCGUCAGCUAAAGAAGUAUUAACAGAUAAAGAGAAACGUCAGCGUUUUGACAACGGUGAAGAUCCUUUAGACCCAGAAGAUCAACAGGGUGGGAAUCCGUUCCAUCACGGUUUUAAUCCGUUUGGAGGCGGCGGGAGCGGAUUCUCGUUUAAAUUCCACUUCAAUUAACACCAGCUCAUCCUAGAAUGUGAUUUUCAUCUGUACAUAGACAUCAACUCUUACUCCGUGUUUGUAGUGCAUAAUGAAAGCAUGGCCAGUCACUUUCAGCCAAUUUCAAAAAGAUAUUCAAUUUAAAAAUAACUGAUAUUGAAAUAACUUAAAAGUUUCAUUUGUCAGGUUUCACACUGCAAGUGGUUUAAAGGGAUAGCCCCUAGUUUAUAAACACCAAGGCAUACUGUUCACCUAGACCCUAGUUUAUAAACACCAAGGCA